GCAGCAACAGGAACGCGGAUUGGGAGCGAGGGAGCGGCGAAAUCUCCAACUCGAGCGCGGGAUUUUUCUCGGCCAUUUCGCGCAGGCAUGCCUCGGAACCGGGCCGAUGGCGCUGGCGGCUCGUCGAUGGAGCUGCAUUUCUCGCAGGAUUUUGGAAUCGACGUGGAGGACGAUGGGGAGGAGCUCGCCGGGAGGGAAUUGGCCGUUCCAGGCGGCAGGCACGAGCAUCUACUCAAGUCUGGAUUGCUGGGGCGCUGCGAUGAUCCAUUUUGCACGACCUGCCCUUCGUAUAUCGAUUAUUCGGCCGGCAGCCAGAUGAAAAAGAGUCGCAACCUUUUCAGCGAGGCUAAAUCGGUAGCGCUCGGGAUUGUCAAGUGGAGGCCAGCGAUUUAUAAUCCCCACACCAAAGUCAUCCAGAGAUGGAAUCAAGUGUUUGGAGUAUGCUGUCUCAUCGCCGUCUUUGUGGAUCCUUUGUUCUUCUUUAUAUUUUCCGCCAAGCAGGGAUACUUUUGCAUUGUCUUCAACCAGGAGUUAGCCAUUGGAGUGACUAUUGUGAGGAGCAUUUUUGAUGGAAUUUACUUUAUACACAUGCUUCUUCAGUUCAGAUUGGCGUACUUUGCGCUUGCUUCUCAAACAUCUGGAACUGGUGUUUUGAUUGACGAUCCCAAAACUAUUGCCUUGCAUUAUUUGCAAAGUUGGAUGGUCAGGUUUUUGCCGUUGCUGUUUGGUCGCUCUCAGAGUGGCGGCUACAUCUUUGAAACUGCUUGGGCCAACUUCACCAUCAAUCUGUUCAUCUACCUGCUUGCGGGUCAUGUGGUGGGAUCAUGCUGGUACUUGUUCGGUCUACAGCGUGUAAAUCAGUGCCUGAUAAACACUUGUCGAGCUGAAAGGCCAGUCUGCAGAAAAGAAUUUCUUGACUGUGGAAAUGGGCACAACAUUCAGGCACUGCAGCAAGGGGCCCGGCUGGUCUGGACUAAUUCCUCAAAUGCAUCGAGUAAAUGUCUGGUGAAUGCAUCUUUCGCUUAUGGCAUCUAUUCGAUCGCAGUUCCUGUCGCCAUGGACGACAGUGCAAUUCACAAAUACGUAUACUCGCUAUUUUGGGGAUUCUUGCAAAUUAGUACGCUCGGUGGGAACUUGCAGCCUAGCCUUUUUGUUGGUGAAGUGUUUUUUACUUUCGGUGUUAUUGGUCUGGGACUACUUUUGUUUGCACUUCUUAUUGGAAACAUGCAAAAUUUUCUCCAGUCCCUUGGACGCAGGCACCUUGAGAUGCAGCUACGACGACAUGAUGUUGAGAGAUGGAUGAGGCGACGGGAAUUACCUGUAGUUUUAAGAAAGCGCGUGAGACAGGCGGUGAGAUUGAAAUGGGCAUCGACCAGAGGUGUGAAUGAGGAGGAACUCUUGGAUCGUUUGCCCGAAGAUAUGCAAAAAGAAAUACGUCGCUUUUUGUGCUUCGAGCUCUUGACGAAGGUUCGGCUGUUUACUGUGAUGGAUGACAAAGUUCUCGAUGCAAUUUGUCAAAGACUUCACGAGAUGUUGUACAUUGAAGGCAGCGAAGUUUUUUUAGCAGAUGCUCCAAUACAUCGCAUGAUCUUUGUAGUACGUGGUACUCUAGACAGCGUAUGGAAGAAUGGUAAUACACAUACGCUUGUGUCGGGCGACUUUUGUGGGGAGGAGCUACUACAUCUGUGCCUCAACGAAGCGUUAAACACCAGAGAAACAUCAAAUAGCGAGCACAGCAGAAGGGAUAGUUCAGCUCCAACAAGGGGUUUGGCUUUCUCUACGAGGACUGUUCGUUGCUCAAGUAGCGUGGAAGCAUUCAGCCUAGAGGAGAAGGAUUUGCGGUAUGUUGUAGCAAACUACAUAAGCUAUAUCCGCAAUCCCAGGGUCCUGAGUGCUCUCAAAAGCGAGUCCCACUACUUCAGAAGCAACGCAGCUAGACGGAUUCAGGCAGCCUGGAAAUCACAUAUUCGAAGACAGAGCCGAAAUCCGCUACGGUCAUAGUUGAGGCUUACAGGUUCUG